AAGAUACCAAAGACGAUAAUCAUACCCAGACAGCAGACGCUGCGGUGGCCUUAACUCAACCGAACCUAGACUCGUCCGACGGCAGGAUCCGCGAGACAGACAAUGCUCUUACCACUACUAAUACUACCAACUCCGCCAGUUCCUCUCCUUCUCUGACCACACCACCUCAAACUGUCACUUCUCCGACAGACUCUCCGCCGCCAUCCUUUGAGUCUUUUCAAACGCUGUCACAGCCAUACCCAAAUUCUACUUCCUCGAUUUCUAAUAAUGGUGAAUCCUCCCUCCGCAACAGUAUUGUUGCGACAGGAGAUAAGCUUUCUACCUGGUUUACUUCCCUCUGGGCAAAUUCACUGCCCGAAGACGAAGAACAAUCAGAAGACGACGCUGAUUUUGCUAGAUUCAGACGCGGACUGAUGGAAAGCUUCGAGAAAGAAUCCCUCAUAUCCGACUCUAAAGGCACUCAGGACAAUUUAAUAUAUCUCAUGGGUUUGAGCUAUGAAGGAUUGAAACGAUCCUCUCAUGAAAUCAACCGUUCGUUUGAAACUUCUAGUUACUAUUUCUCGACUCCCGGAACGUUCCCACAAUUGCCUUUGCAGCAGCAGCAAGUUGUCGCGGUAUCACAAUAUCCACAAGAAUUUGUUAGUGAUUUUACGUCGAGAAUUUGGUGUACUUAUCGACAUUCAUAUGCGCCGAUUAAGCCAACUAAUUUUACUACGGAUCAAGGGUGGGGCUGUAUGUUGAGAACCACGCAGUCUUUAUUGGCUAAUGCUUUGCUCGUGCAAAAUUUGGGACGAGAUUGGCGAAGAGUACGUAAGGGCGAAAAUACAUGGGAUGUAUAUGCAAGGGUUCUCACAUGGUUUAUCGACGACAUGUCUUCUCGCUGUCCGUUUUCAGUUCAUCGUAUCGCCUUACUUGGAAAGCAACUAGGAAAGAACAUUGGUGAAUGGUUUGGCCCUUCUACCGCUUCGCAAGCCUUGAAAGCCCUUGUAGAGAAUUUCUCGGAUGCUAACAUGAGUGUGUAUGUAGCUACUGAAGGCGUCGUGUACAAGAAUGAAGUAUACAAGGAGGCACUGAGAAAUAGCGAAGAAAAUUUUCGGUCUGUUUUAAUCCUUGUUGCGAUACGUUUAGGAAUAAGUAGUUUGAAUCCAGUAUACUAUGAGGGAGUUAAGGCAUGUUUGAGAUUUCCUGAAAGCGUCGGGAUAGCUGGCGGCAAACCAUCGUCUUCUUAUUACUUUAUUGGCGUUGAAGGUGAUGAUUUGUUCUAUCUCGAUCCUCAUUAUUCUCGGCCUGCCAUAGAACUUAAGAAUAUCGAGGACUACACAGAAGAAGAAUUAGCUACAUUCCACUGUGAUACGUUACGCAAGAUUCCUAUAUCACAAUUAGACCCUUCGAUGCUUCUUGGCUUUUAUUGUCGCACAAUUGAAGACUUUGGCAAUUUCUGUGAGCGGAUAAAUGAGAUAGGGAAAGACCAAAGGGCUAUCUUUACAGUUGCUGAUGAAGCACCUGUUUAUUCGGAA